AUGAAGGAGAAAUUAGAGACAGAUACUCCUGACUUGUUGGGAAUAUCUGUUAGUGGAGACAUCUUAUUCGGAGCAGUUUUACCUCUCCAUAUGGAGAAAGAAUACCCCAAGCUCUUGUAUACUGAAAAACCAAAGCAAGCCAUCUGCAGAAAGUUAUCCUUGGAAACUUACCUUCAGCUACAUGUGGUGAAAUAUGCCACCACAGAGAUAAACAGCAAUCCUGACCUUCUCCCAAACAUCACCCUGGGCUAUCGAUUAUAUGAUUCCUGCUCUGUACUUCAGAGGGAGUUGGAGGGGACGAUGUGGAUGACGACGGGGGACACAAAAGCCAUUCCCAACUUUCAGUGCCGAAGAAAUGAGAAACUAGCGGCUAUCAUUGGCCAUUCCACUUCCACCUACUCCAUUCUUAUGGCUCAUAUUCUUGGGCUGACCAGGUAUCCACAAAUAAGUCACUUGUCAACCAGUUCCCUCUUGAGUGAUAGAACCCAGUUUCCUUCUUUCUUUCGGACUGUACCAAGUGAUGCCUUCCAAUCCAAAGGACUCUCUCAGCUCGCUCUACAUUUUGGCUGGACAUGGAUGGGAUUAGUGGCUCUGGCUAAUGAUUAUGGUCAACAGGGAAUUCAAGUUAUUAAGCAAGAAAUCCUUAAAUCUGGGGCUUGUGUGGAGUUCACAGAGUAUAUUCAGAUUAAUAGACCCAGCAGCAACAUUCCUCAUAUUGGUCAAGUCAUAAAAGCUUCUACAGCUCAAGCUGUGGUCAUCUUUUCUACUGAUGUCCACUUCCUGCCCUUACUGAAUGAGCUUUUCAGACAAAAUGUUACUGAAAAGAUAUGGUUGGCCAGUGAAGGUUGGUCAACCACUUCAUUAUUUUCUUUAGAAAAAUAUUCCAAGCUUCUUGCAGGAACCGUGGGGUUUGCCUUCUACAGUAGAAAUAUUCCUGGAUUCCAGGACUAUGUAGACCAUCUCAGCCCCAGCAAACUACCAGAAAAGCCUUGGAAUUGGAUGUUCUGGGAAGAAAAUGUUGGUUGUGAAUUUUUAAACUUUGAAAACUUUGAGUUCUCCCGACAGAGACCGUCAAGGAACUGCACAAAUAAUGAUAAAAUUGCAGAUUUUCAAACAUACCUAAAAAACGUAUCCAGCAUUCGCAUUUCAUACAAUCUUUACAGUGCCAUUUAUGUGAUUGCCCAAGCUUUGCAUGACCUGCAAACGUGCAGACCAGGAAACAGUCCUUUUAUCAACAGAAGCUGUUCAGAUUUCUGGAACUUUAAACCUUGGCAGAUUCCCAUCUCAGUUUGUAGUGAAAGAUGUCCUCUGGGUUUCAGAAAAGCACCUCUUAGUAGAAAACCUACCUGCUGCUAUCAGUGUAUCCCCUGCGCUCUUGGAGAAAUCACUAAUAAAACUGAUGCAAAUGAAUGCCUUAAAUGUCCAUGGGACCAAUGGCCAAACGAACAAAAAGAUAAAUGUCUACCAAAGCUUACCGAGUUCCUCUCCCAUGAAGAGACCUUAGGCAUCAUUUUGAUGUCCACCAGUAUCACAUCCUCCUUAAUUCCUUUAGGUGUCCUCGGCCUUUUGAUUUAUUACAAGGCCACUCCCAUAGUAAAAGCCAACAAUUAUACCGUAAGCUGUCUGCUUCUGGCCUCCAUGUCCCUCUGCUUUCUCUCUUCUUUAGCAUUUAUUGGAUAUCCAAACAACAUCAAGUGUCUUCUUCGCCAAGUUACUUUUGGGAUGGCUUUUGCUCUAUGCGUCUCAUGUGUCUUGGCCAAAACUGUUAUGGUAUUGAUUGCAUUUAAGGCCACAAAACCAAACAGUUGUUUGACCAAAUGGGCUAGACCUCAAGUAUCAUAUCUGAUGAUUGUGCUAGGAACAUUUCUCCAAUUACUAAUAAGUGUUACAUGGUUGUUGAUCACACCACCUUUCCCACAAUACAACUUGAAUGCAAAAUCUGGGGUUAUCAUAGCAGAAUGCAAUGAAGGGUCCCUUGCAGGUUUUUGGUGUACGACUGGUUAUUUAGGCAUACUAGCCUUGGCUAGCUUUCUUGUGGCUUUCUUAACCAGACAGCUUCCUAGCAGGUACAAUGAAGCUAGGUUCAUCACCUUCAGCAUGCUGGCUUUCCUAAGCGUCUGGGUGUCUUAUAUUCCAGCUUCACUCAGCACCAGUGGUAAAUACACUGUAGCUAUGGAGAUAUUUGCAAUCCUUUCCUCAAACUGGGCCAUGCUUUGCUGUAUGUUUGCACCAAAAUGUUAUAUUAUUAUGUUUCAACCCAGUAUGAACUCAAGAAAACAUCUCUUGGGCAACAGAUAA